GCCCAGGUGACCAUGCGGGGCAGGCGGGCGCGCCCGCCGCACGCUUCGGGGAGCAGGUAGCGCUCGCCAGGUGCGCGGCGGAACAUGGACUGUCUCCUGCUGGCCGUCUGGACUUUACCUGCUGCGAUUCUCGGCGGCAGCUCCAUGCAAUUCCAGACUCUCCCGUGGCUCGGAAGCACUGUAAAGACCCUUCAGCUGUGUUGCCUCUGUUGCAUGUCUCAUGCAGCAACUUUAACCAGUGACAGCAUCAGUGAAUUGACUCAUGAUUAUGUGUUUGUGACACCUGUCAGAGUGGAUGCCAGCGGAUCGUACAUUUCACAUGAUGUUCUGCACAGUACUAGGAGAAAGAGAUCAACUCAGAGUUCAAAGAGUUCCUUGCACUACAAAUUUUCAGCAUUUGGACAGGAACUUCACUUAGAGCUUAAACCUUCGACCAUUUUAAGCAACAGUUUUAUUGUCCAGGUACUGGGGAAAGAUGGAGUGUCAGAUUCUCAGGACCGUGAAAUUGAGCAGUGUUUCUACCAGGGAUUUAUAAGGAAUGAUAGCACCUCCUCGGUAGCAAUAUCUACGUGUGUAGGCUUGUCGGGUUUGAUAAGGACGCGGCAGAUGGAGUUCCUGAUCUCCCCGUUACCUCAGCAGCUGGCCCGCGAGCACAACUACACGUCCCCCGCCGGCCACCACCCGCACGUGCUGUACAAGCGGACUGCCGAGGGGCAGGUGCACGGGUCCCCAGCCCAGCCCCAUCCCAAAUCCUCCCCCUGGGAACGGCGCGGAACGCGCGCGUCCCAAGCGCACCCCGCGCCGGCCGGCGGGUACCGCCACGGACGGUUCCAAAAGCAGCACUUUUGUGGACGUCGCAAGAAAUAUGCACCCAAGCCACCCACAGAAGAGACCUACAUUCUCUCAGAUGAGUACGGGACUUCUGCAAGGUUCAAGAGAUCAUCUGCUAAAAUUCAGAAAAAUGGAAGUCUAAAUGUUGAAACCCUUGUUGUGGCAGAUAAAAAAAUGCUGGAGAAACACGGCAAGGAAAAUGUAACAACAUAUAUCUUAACAGUCAUGAACAUGGUCUCUAGUCUGUUUAAGGAUGGAACAAUUGGAAGUGAUAUAAACAUUGUUGUUGUCAGCCUGCUUCUUUUGGAACAAGAGCCUGGCGGGUUGUUGAUCAACCACCACGCUGACCAGUCCCUGAACAGCUUCUGCCAGUGGCAGUCUGCCCUGGUUGGGAAGAACGGGAAGCGCCACGACCACGCCAUCCUCCUGACGGGCUUUGACAUCUGCUCCUGGAAGAACGAGCCCUGUGACACUUUAGGAUUUGCACCCAUCAGUGGCAUGUGCAGCAAAUACCGCAGCUGCACCAUUAACGAAGACACAGGCCUUGGACUGGCUUUUACUAUUGCUCAUGAGUCUGGACACAACUUUGGGAUGAUUCAUGAUGGAGAAGGAAAUGCUUGUAGAAAAGCUGAGGGAAAUAUCAUGUCUCCCACGCUCACUGGAAACAAUGGAGUGUUUUCUUGGUCUGUGUGCAGCAGGCAGUAUCUCAACAAAUUUCUCAGUACAGCUCAAGCUGCCUGCCUGACUGAUGAACCUAAGCAAACAGGACAGUAUAAAUACCCUGACAAACUGCCAGGGCAGAUCUAUGAUGCUGAUACCCAGUGCAAAUGGCAAUUUGGAAUGAAAGCAAAACUAUGCAACCUCAGCUUUGUAAAGGAUAUCUGCAAAUCCCUUUGGUGUCACAAAGUGGGUCACAGGUGUGAGACAAAGUUCAUGCCCGCAGCAGAAGGAACAGCUUGUGGGAUAAGUAUGUGGUGUCGCAGAGGACAGUGUGUGCAGUACGGGGAGCACGGGCCCAAGCCUGUCCAUGGCCAGUGGUCUGCCUGGUCCCCCUGGUCCGAGUGCAGCCGCACCUGCGGAGGGGGGGUCACCUAUCAGGAGAGACACUGCAACAAUCCAAAGCCGCAGUACGGCGGGAAGUUCUGCCAAGGCUCCAGCCGUGUCUAUCAGCUUUGCAAUAAGCAGCCUUGCCCAGCAGGCAGCCUGGACUUCCGAGCCCUGCAGUGUGCAGAGUACAACAGCAAACCCUUCCGGGGCUGGUUCUACAAGUGGAAGCCCUACACCAAAGUGGAAGAGCAAGACAGAUGUAAAUUGUAUUGCACAGCUGAAGACUUUGACUUUUUCUUUGCAAUGUCCAGCAAAGUGAAGGAUGGAACUCUGUGUUCUCCAAAUAACUAUGAUGUUUGUAUUGAUGGAAUAUGUGAACAAGUAGGGUGUGAUCAUGGACUCGGUUCCAAAGCUGUGUUGGAUGCUUGUGGAGUUUGUAAAGGAGAUAAUUCAACGUGCAAGUUCUUUAAAGGCCAAUACUUGACCCAGCACAAAGCUAAUGACUACUACACGGUGGUGACGGUGCCGGCGGGCGCGCGCAGCAUCCAGCUGCAGGAGCUGCACGUCUCCCCCAGCUACCUGGCCGUGCGCAGCCUGGCCAGCAGGUACUACCUGACAGGAGACUGGACCAUCGACUGGCCGGGGAAGUUCCCUUUUGCCGGGACAGUUUUUGAUUACCAGCGCUCCUUUGACCAUCCCGAGAGUCUCUACGCGGCAGGACCCACUAAUGAGACGCUGGUCUUUGAAAUUCUGUUACAAGGCAAAAACCCUGGGAUUUCUUGGGAGUAUACCUUUGCCAAAAGCAGCGCUGAAAACAAGACAACUGUCAGAAAGCACAGCUACUCCUGGGUGACAGUGCAGUCUGAGUGCUCAGCGACCUGUGCUGGUGGACACAUCACAGCAAAAGCAAUUUGUUUGGAAGAUCAUCGUGCACGAGUCAACACCUCCCUUUGUGGCCCAAGGACAAAACCUUUAACUGAAACCAAACUGUGCAACACAAAUCCCUGCCCAGCCUACUGGUCAGCAGGUGAAUGGAGCUCAUGCAGCAAGUCUUGUGGAGGGGGACAGCAAAGUCGUCUCAUUCAGUGUGUCCAGAAAAGGGCUUUCCAAAGAGAGGAGGUGGUGGCCCAUUCCCUGUGUCCUGUCAGCACCCCAGCACAGUUGCAAGUGUGCAGUGCUCAGGACUGCCCACCCGAAUGGAGCCCUGGCCCAUGGUCUCAGUGCUCCAAGACUUGUGGGAGAGGUAUUAAGAAACGGGAUGUCUACUGCAAGAGUCCUGGUUCUCCCAAGGUGAAAAUCUUGCCUGACAGCAUGUGCAGCACAGACCCUAAGCCUGAGUCCCAGCAGACCUGCGUGCUCGGACGCUGUCCCAAAAAUGACCGGCUCCAGUGGGUGAUUUCUUCCUGGAGUGAGUGCUCAGCCUCCUGCGGGCCCGGCCUGCGACAGCGAGAACUCAAAUGCGGCGAGAAGAGCAUCCACGGGAAAUUGGUCACCUUCCCCCAGAGGAGAUGCAGGAACAUCAAGAAACCUAACACCAGCCUGGAGGAAGCUUGUAACAAGGGAGCCUGUCCAUCACAGACCUUGUAUAACAUGGUGUCCGGCUGGUAUUCCUCGCCCUGGCAGCAGGGCUCUCAGAAUCUCUGCAAUGAAGCCAAGGUUUUGUUUUCCCUCUGCUCAGUGCACGGUGACCUGCGGCGGGGGAGUGCAGACCCGGAGCGUGCAGUGCCUGCGCCAGGGCAGGCCAGCUGCUGGCUGCCUGCCCCAGCAGAAACCAGCUGUCCUGAGAGCCUGCAACACCAACUUCUGCCCAGUCCCUGUGAAAAGAGAUGAUCCUUCUUGUGUGGAUUUCUUCACUUGGUGUCAUCUGGUGCCCCAGCAUGGUGUCUGUAACCACAAAUUUUAUGGCAAGCAAUGUUGUAAAUCAUGUACGAAGAAGAACUGAUAGCAGCGUGUUAUCUGAACCCUUCAGUGACAGGAUUCUCUUCUUCAAUUUAUGUUGGAAUUAUCUCUGUUUUGAGGCAAGACAUGGUGCCACAUAAACCACUGAUGGGAGAGACAUUUUUUCUAAGGGAAUGUCUGAGGUACAGUAAUUGUUGGAUUUAUGUUGAAAAAGGAAUGUUUCUUUCUUAUUUUUUCCUAAUUUGCUGACCUCACUAAAGCACAGGGUACUAUGGAUCACUUGAACACUAAGACUCAAGGGGAAGUUCUUCUUUCUUUAAAAGUGUCAUUUUGCACUGUCACAUGUUACAAGGAAGAAAUUAAAGCAAGGGAGCCUUUUCUGGCUGAUUUACCAGAGUGCAAAGCAGGAGAGCUUGGCAGCUGGAGGAGGAAGCAGCGUGGCAGCAGGACAGAGCACACCAUCAGAAGCGUGUCCUCUGCUAUUUUUGUGACUGUUGUCCCAGGGUGAGGAAGCUGUUUGCUGCCCUGGAGGGACAUCCAUGGCUGAGGGCUGGAGAAGGCAGUGUCACACGUGUGGCCACCAGAAGUAAAUAGUGCACUACAAAGAUAUUAUGGUGCUUCUCUACCAGACUUGCUGCUGGAAAAGCAAGUUGUGCAUCAUGCUAAUGUUUUUAUAAUUUUUGAAGAAUUCAUUUUCUGCUUUGUGUAGAAACUCAGAGGUGGUUAACUAGUAACUUGAAAUGUAUUCCUAGAAAUAUGCAGCAGUAGAAUAUUUGGACUUUUAAUAUUGCUGUGUUACAAGUAAAAUAAAAUUGCAUAUUUCAACUAACUCAAGGAACUCAGAUUGAUUGAGCUCAAUGGUUAUGUUUUCAACUUUCUAAGCUCAUUAGAUAUGUAAUUUUAAAAUUUAAACUUGAUAUUUUUGAGUAGUUUUGUUUCAGAAGCUAGAUUGUUUGAAUGCCAAGAUACUGAAGAAUGUCUUCCUUCUAAUCUCAAAUCUCUCUGCAAAUUUUGAUUCAUCCAUUACCCAAAGCAAAUAACAAGAAUAUUACAGUCCAUUAAUUCAUGCUGAAUUUCUCUAAACAGUUAUUUAUUCACAUGUUACACAUAUAAAAAAAGAAAAAAAGCAUGAAAAGAUAAGUGGAUUAUUUACUCUUACCAAAUAAAAGUCAACUCUAUUUUUAUACGCCCUCCUACUACUUGUAUUUAGUUCAGAAUCUACCAGCAAACUAAAGAGUAGUAAAAAUGCUGAUAUUUGUGGCCGUUCAGUAUCGAGAUGUUUGAUGGCACCAUGUAUCAAGUGGUGCCAUUCAGAAGGUUUCUGCAUUGAAAAACCCCAACCUGUCUGCCAAACCCAUUCCGAGACAGAGCUGGGUCCUACUGUAAUUUUCUGGGGAGUGCCUAUGAGGGACAUAUUUAUCUAAUUCCACCCAAUCCCACAACUUUUUUUUGAUGAAUGUAGUUCAGUUUGAGUGCUUUUUUAAAGUAUGGUUUUAGUGUAGGAUUAGCCAGCUCAGCACUAAUGCCAGACAGUGGUCACUUAAAAUUAGCAGUUCCUUCUGAAACAAUUUAAAUUAAAAACAUGUAUUCUCUGUUACUUUAGGAAAUGAUUGGAAACAUAUCUCAACCUACACUGCUCUGUCUUGAUAUUGGACAUUGUGUAAUUAUGACCUUUUUUUCUAGGAAAACUAAAAGGUUGUUUUUGUUUUGUUUUUAUAAUUGUGUCCUUUUUAUUAUUUGAUGUAAAAGAAUUAAUUUAUUAAUGCAUAGCUUUUCCUCUAUGUUUCUUUGCUCACUUCCCUAAGUGAGAACUGAGGAAAGAAAAAUGGUAGUGUCACAAAGUAUGAAUUAUGGUGUAAAAAAAGCAAAAACUAUAAGUGUAAUAUUUAAUUAUUUUAUAAGCUUUGUAAUAAAAUACUCUAACUGUUUCAUUAUAUUUGGAAUUGUAAA